CAUUUGACUUUUGUCCAAUCUUUGCUUUCUUUACUUUGCUUGCGUCUUUAAUCAAUCUCCCCUUGUUUCCCCGUCACUGGCAUGCCGGACAAUCUCCAAUCGAAAACCUAAGAGACGAGGGACACCACCAAAACACCACCACCACCACCAACCGCGUAAGAGAGGAGGGGAUAGGAGAAGAAAGGAUACCACCCAAACACUGUUGAAGGGACCAUGCUGAAGGCCGUUCGCCCGCUCCCCCAACUUCCAUCUUCCCAUCCCGCCGGUCGUUGAUCAAGAUAUCUCUCUUCCCGUCUGGCUGUCGAUUUCCUUCCCCUCGCCGUUCGAGUCCUGGAAAGACGCAGCCCGCUCUGCCCCGGCGGCCAAACCACCACCACCACCACGACCAUGGAACGCCCCCACCGUCCUCCGCCGCUCACGAUCCCCCCGCCAGUCCAAUCCCGAACCCGAAUCCGACGGCCUCGCCGUCCCAACGCCCGUCAGGCGCGUCAAUUCAAGCUAUGGCUCCUCCGAGCUCAGAUCGCGAAUGACGUUGCCCACGUCGUCGGCGCCUCAAUACUGCUAUGGAUCAUGUCCUGGUUUCUCUACAACGUGCCGCUCCCAAUUGCAAAUCGCACCGGCCCAGCCGCCAUCGCCCUCCUCGUGGUUCUCUCCGUCGACGUCCUGCUUGACGCCCGCUCCAUCGUCCACGCCCAUGACGCCUGGCCCGGCUGGGCCCUGCUUCUCCGCCUCAUCGUCGGCGCCUCGGCCAUUGUCGUCUUCUGGGUCUACAUCGCCCUCGGCGAAGUCUUUGCCCCCGGCUUCACCUACUGGGACAUGACCGAGAUGCACGGGCGCGUGCUGGCCUACAUGUUCCUCUGGGGCAUCGGCCUCUGGGACCUGCUCUUCGUCGUGUUGUGCCGGCACUGGCUCGGGAAGGAGGUCAAGCGCUACGGGGGCCGAGCGCGGCGGGCGAUCCGCGACCAUCGCGAGGAGACCAUGUCGCCCGGCGUAAGCGCCCACCGGCUGGUCAGCCCGACGGCGGAGGAGCCGCCGAACCGCAUCGUCACCAUCAUGGACGUCGAGGCCGCGAGGCCCGUCAACGAGGACGCGGGCAGCGGCGGCGGGAGGGUGAGCCUGCCCCCGCGGAUGGGCACGAGGCGGGUCAAGAGCAGCAUCAGUGUGAGCGUGAACUCUAUCGUCACGAGCGGGACGGAGACGACGGACAUGGGGAUGGUGACGGGGGCCCGGACCGGGACCGGGACCGUCAUGAGGAGUGCGUCGCCGCCGCCGCCGCCUGUCUUCCUGAGGCCGGCAUGACGAGGGGGGGGACGGGCCGGAAGGCGCGCACAGAUCGAUGUAGAGACAAUGAUACGUGUACUAUAUAAUGAUAAUCAAUGA